AUGUGUUUUUCUUUGCAAUCUUCUGUAGCGUUCAUUCAUUGGUCCCAUUCCUUGAAUCUCCGAUCUUCAAUUUGUGCAACAAACAAAGUGUGCACGACCACGAUGACCAAGCGAACGAUUUCGACAACCAUGGCAGGUUUCGUCGCCCCAUCCAUGCUGUCUGUGAUACCACGCUGCACCCGUGCACACACAACAUUUCGUGGUCUCAGAAUUUCACGUCGCUCUUAUAGAACCUCCUUCAGUGUGUCACCUACGCCACCACUCUCCGUCUUAUCCAUGGUAACGACAGAAAAGAAGAUAGGUGGCAAAAAAGAAUCGCAAGCCAAAGGAAAGAGUGGGAAGAGGGUUAAGAAGGGCUCCUCUUCUCCCGGACUUCUCAGGGCACUAGAGAAGUACGAACCAGUCAUUGGCAUUGAGUUUCAUGUCCAGCUAGCCACCAAGACGAAAGCUUAUUGCAGCUGCUCCACGAAAACCCCUCGCACACCCAAUGUCAACGUUUGUCCAGUUUGCAUGGGGCAUCCAGGUGCACUCCCGGUUGUGAAUUCGAAGGUGGUUGAACUUGCUGCGAAGGCUGGAAUGGCUCUAGGAUGCGAUAUUUCCAGUUAUUCUCGGUACGAUCGCAAAAACUACUAUUACGUCGAUACCGCCAAAAACUAUCAGAUUACGCAAGACUUGUUUCCGAUAGCAACGAAAGGCUCAGUCCAGCUUCCAAAUUCCGGAGGAGUCAUCGGCGUCACUCGCCUACAUAUGGAAGAAGACUCGGCCAAGAUGUCACAUGAAGGAGCCGAUGCGUCUGGGAGACUCACUGACUCUACCCAUUCCCUGGUCGAUUUCAAUCGUAGCGGCAUUCCUCUCGUUGAAAUCGUCAGCGAACCUGAUAUUCGAAGUGGCUUGGAAGCCGCCGAGUAUGGACAGGAAGUCCAGCGCAUUCUUCGCUAUGUUGGGACGAGCAAUUGCAACAUGCAAGAUGGUAGUAUGAGAUGUGACGUCAAUGUAUCCCUUCGUCUCAAGGGCACAAAAAAGUUUGGAACGAAAAUUGAGCUCAAGAAUCUCAAUUCGUUUUCCGCAGCCCAUAAAUCAAUAGACUUUGAGAUUGAACGACAAGCUGAAAUUCUUGACAGAGGGGAAACGCUGCAAAUGGAGACAAGAACGUGGGAUGAGAAAACCAAUGAGACCCGGACAAUGCGAGUCAAGGAAGGCGCAGCAGACUACAGAUACUUCCCAGAGCCAGAUAUUCCACCCUUGAACCUGAGCGACUCGCAACUACAAACUUGGCGAGAUACUUUGCCUGAGCUUCCCAACGAGAAGAGAGUGAAAUAUCAGGAAGAAUUCGGACUGUCUGGGUACGACGCUUUCUUACUCUCUGACGACACACAGGUUGCGAAAUAUUUCGAGGAUUCGAUUGCAGCUGGAGCAAAGCCGAAGCAAGCGGCCAAUUUGAUCAUGGGCGACAUUACAAAAGUCUUGAAGUCUGAAAAAAUAGGAAUCAAGCUUUGUAAGCUUACGGCUGAAGGUCUUGCUGAAAUGAUUGGCAUGAUUGACGGCGGUGUCAUCAGUAACAAGAUCGCCAAGGACCUUGUACCGGAACUUGUCAUCAAAGGAGGCAAUCCUGCGCAAAUCGUUGAAGAAAGAGAUCUCAAACUAAUAUCCGAUCCGGAUGUUAUAAGAAAAAUCAUCGAAGGCGUAGUUGAUGCAAAUCCAAAAGAGUUAGAGUCUUAUAAGCAGGGGAAAACAAGGCUCCUCGGCUUCUUUGUCGGAAAGACACUGUCUGCUUCUGGCAGCAAAGCAGACCCUACGACUACCAACAAAAUCCUGAAGGAGAUUCUGGAUUCAUGA